AUGGCGGAGUUUGAAGGAGGAAACGGUCCAAAGCCCAAGAGGCCUAGCAGAAAGCUCACGUGGGCUUCGGUAGCCCAACCAGCUCUCGAAAAGGCGCGAAAAUCUUCCCAAACGCAAAUUCUAGUAACCAUCUUCUUCGUAAUCUUCGUCACUUGCGCACUCUUCAACGCCUUUCCCAACCGCCACACCACCAUGCCAGAAUCCGAAUCCGACGACAACUCCGGCUUUGACAUGACAGUGAAUUUCGCCUCCGCCAGCCAACCCUGCUCCGACGCCGCCGCCAUAGCCACUGCAGAUUCCUCGUCCUCCGCCAUUAAGGUCUACAUGUACGACCUUCCCAUUCGGUUCACCUACGGUGUCAUCGCCGCCCGGUCUGCCUCACGAGGCGGCGGCAGGCCGGAGAAUCUAACCUCCCUGAGCUACCCGGGACACCAGCACAUGGGAGAGUGGUUUCUGUUCCUGGACAUGAAUCGUCCAGAGUCAGAUCGGGUAGGGUCACCGGUGACCCGGGUGAUGGACCCGGAAGAAGCGGAGCUGUUCUACGUGCCGUUCUUCUCGUCGCUGAGCCAGCUGGUGUCGACGAGCCAACAAGGUGAUGGGUCGGAGGCGGCAUACAGCGACGAGGAGACGCAGGAAGCGCUGGUGGAAUGGCUGGAGGGACAGAAGUACUGGCAGAGGAACGGAGGGAGGGACCACGUGUUCACGGCGGCGGACCCGAAGUCGCUGUUGCAUGUGAUGGAUAAGGUGAAGAAUAGUGUGCUUCUUGUGGUUGGGUUUGGGAGGUUGAGAGGGGAUCAGGGUUCUCUGGUGAAGGAUGUGGUGGUUCCUUACCCUCAUAGACUCAGAACCUAUGAGGGUGAUCUUGGUCUCCAGAAUCGUCCCACCUUGCUUUUCUUCAUGGGUGCUCGCUUUCGCAAGGAGGAAGGGAGAAUUCGUGAUGUACUGUUUCAAGUCCUCGAAAAUGAACGGGACGCUAUAAUAAAGCAUGGAGUUCAAUCGACAGAGAACAGAAGAGAAGCAUCAAAUGGAAUGCACACAUCAAAGUUCUGCUUGAACCCUGUUGGAGACACUUCAACUUCUUGCCGCCUCUUUGACUCCAUAGUUAGCCUCUGUGUUCCGGUGAUCGUUAGUGAUACCAUUGAGGUGCCCUUUGAAGAUACCAUUGAUUAUAGAAAGAUAGCAAUCUUUGUAGAAUCUGCUGCUGCUGUCAAACCUGGAUAUUUGAUGUCGCUGUUGAGAGCAAUUCCUCCUGAGAGAAUUGUUGAAUAUCAAAGAGAAAUGCUAAAGGUAAGACGAUACUUUCAAUAUGGUGUAUCAAAUGGAGCAGUGGAUGAAAUCUGGCGCCAAGUUACAAAAAAGUUACCAUUGAUUAAGCUAAUGAGCAAUCGUGACAAAAGGUUGGUAAUAAAGGAAUCAGAUUGUUCUUGCGUAUGUGCAAAUCCAACUACUAACAGAACUCCAUAG